AUGGAGGUCCCUGCCAACCCGAACCGCUCUGAGACCCGCAUCUGGCCCCGGACACCGCCCAGCCCGGCCGAGCCAGGCCAGGCCAGGCCAGGCCAGGGCAGGGCGGCGGAACUGCCGUUCCCGGGCCGCGGGGCCCCGGCGGAGCGGGGAGCGGCGGCGGCGCCGAGGACGGGCGCCCUGAGCGCGCCCAACCGGGGCGCGGCGGACUGGGGCUGGCAGGGUUUGAUUGCCUAUGGAUGCCAUUCCCUCGUGCUCGUAGUGGAUGCCAACUCUGCUCAGACCUUGCAGGUUUUGGAAAGACACAAAGCCAGUGUUGUCAAGGUUAAAUGGGCUAAGGAAAAUUACCACCACAAUAUUGGCUCUCCAUAUUCCUUACGUUUGGCUUCUGCUGAUGCCACGGGGAAAAUCAUUGUGUGGGAUGUGGCAACAGGAACAGCUCGCUGUGAAAUCCAGGAGCACUCAAAGCCCAUCCAAGACAUGCAGUGGCUGUGGAAUCAAGAUGCUUCCAGAGAUUUACUGCUUGCAGUUCACCCACCAAAUUAUAUUGUACUGUGGAAUGCAGACACAGGCACCAAACUUUGGAAGAAAAGUUAUGCUGAAAAUAUCCUGUCUUUUUCAUUUGACCCCUUUGAUCCCUCACAUUUAGCUUUGCUCACCAGUGAAGGAAUAGUGUUCAUCUCUGACUUCUCCCCUUCCAAAGCUCCUGCCAGCUCAGGGAAGAAAGUUUACAUCUCCAGUCCUCAUUCCAGUCCUUCUCACAACAAGCUGGCUGCUGCUACAGGGGCCAAAAAGGCCCUUGAUAAAGUCAAAAUCCUAAUCAGUAAUGAAAAGCCAAGUGCUGAAUCUGUAACACUCAACGACUGUCUUCAGUUGUCAUAUUUGCCUUCCAAAAGAAACUACAUGCUCUUACUGUAUCCCAGGGAAAUUCUGAUUCUUGACUUGGAAGUGAAUCAGACAGUGGGUGUGAUUGCCAUUGAAAGGACAGGAGUGCCUUUCAUACAGGUAAUCCCUUGUUUUCAGAGGGAUGGGUUAUUUUGCCUGCAUGAAAAUGGUUGUAUCACGUUGAGGGUUCGCAGAUCCAACUGCAGCAUCACUGCAACUCCAAAUGAGGAGCCAGAUCCAGAGCCAGCUCAGGAGCUGGUUUAUGAUUUAAGAAGUCAGUGUGAUGCCAUCAGGGUGACCAAAACAGUUCGACCCUUCAGCAUGGUGUGCUGCCCAGUGAAUGAGAAUGCUGCAGCUCUCAUAGUCAGUGAUGGCAGGGUGAUGAUCUGGGAAUUAAAAUCCAACAUUUCUGGCAGGAAUGUGCGCAACAGCAGUUCCAGUGCUUCACCUCUGUAUUCCCCAGUCUCCUUCUGUGGAAUCCCUGUAGGAACAUUCCAAAAUAAACUUCCAGACCUCUCAUUAGACAACAUGAUUGGGCAGGCUGCAAGCACUGGAGAAGAGCUAAGGAAUUCAUUACUGCAGGAAGUGCACCUCAAAUUCCUGCUGACAGGACUUCUGUCAGGGCUGCCUCUGCCUCCCUUCGCCAUCCGCAUGUGCCCACCCCUCACAACCAAAAACAUCAAACAGUAUGAGCCCAUCCUUGCUGUUGGUACAAGCAAUGGCUCUGUCCUGGUGUUUCACCUCACAAGUGGACUCCUCCACAAAGAGUUAAGCAUCCAUACCUGUGAAGUCAAGGGAAUUGAAUGGAUCAGCUUGACUGGCUUCAUUUCCUUUGCCACAUCAACACCCAACAAUCUGGGACUGGUCAGGAAUGAGCUGCAGCUGGUGGACCUUCCAACAGGCAGGAGUGUUGCAUUCCGUGGGGAGCGAGGCAACGACGAGCCAGCCAUCGAAAUGAUAAAGGUGUCUCAUUUGAAGCAGUACCUAGCUGUGGUAUUUAGAGACAAACCACUGGAGAUCUGGGAUGUCAGAACUUGCACUCUGCUCAGAGAAAUGUCUAAAAACUUCCCUACAGCCACUGCUCUGGAGUGGUCACCUUCUCAUAACUUAAAGAGCCUGAGGAAGAAGCAGCUGGCAGCCAGGGAGGCCAUGGCCCGGCAGACAGUGGCAUCAGACACUGAAGUCAGCAGUGUGGAAUCCUCUGUGAUCAGCUUGUUGCAGGAAGCUGAAAGUAAAUCAGAGCUGAGCCAGAACAUCUCUGCCAGGGAGCACUUUGUGUUUACAGGUGCUGAUGGGCAGGUUUAUCAUCUCACAGUAGAGGGAAACUCAGUAAAAGACAGUGCAAGAAUUCCUCCAGAUGGAAGUAUGGGUAGCAUUACUUGUAUUGCCUGGAAAGGGGAUAUCCUGGUUCUUGGAGAUGUUGAUGGAAACUUAAACUUCUGGGAUUUGAAAGCUAGAGUAUCCAGGGGGAUUCCUACUCACCGGAGCUGGGUGAAAAAAAUACGGUUUGCCCCAGGGAAAGGAAAUCAAAAACUCCUUGCAAUGUACAACGAUGGGGUAGAAAUUUGGGAUUCAAAAGAGGUACAAAUGGUGAGCAGUUUAAGGAGUGGCAGAAAUGUGAAUUUCCGGGUCUUGGACGUGGACUGGUGCACGUCAGACAAAGUGGUGCUGGCAGCAGAUGAUGGAUGCAUCCGAGUGCUGGACUUGUCCAUGAAGCCCUCGUGUUUCAGGAUGGAUGAGCAGGAUUUAAUAGAACCUGUCUGGUGUCCCUACCUGCUUGUUCCAAGGGCUUCAUUAGCUUUAAAAGCAUUCCUGCUGCAUCAACCGUGGGAUGAGAAAUAUUCUCUAGAUAUUAUGGACAUUGAUUAUCCAGAGAAUGAAAAUAUUAAAAAUCUUCUUCAAGAGCAAUUGAAUUCACUGUCCAACGACAUAAAGAAACUUCUGCUUGAUCCAGAUUUUACUCUUCUGCAGAGAUGUCUCCUGGUUGCCAGGCUGUAUGGGGACGAAUCUGAACUGCACUUCUGGACUAUUGCUGCCCACUAUUUGCACAGCUUAUGCCAGGAAAAGCCUGCAAAACCAGACACAGCUGUCCUUCAGGAGCAGCUGGUUAAUCCUCUGGAUAUAUGCUAUGAUGUGCUGUGUGAAAAUUCUUACUUCCAGAAAUUUCAGCUGGAAAGGGUGAAUCUCCAGGAAGUGAAGAGGUCAACAUAUGAUCAUACCAGGAAAUGUGCUGAUCAGCUUCUUCUGUUGGGCCAGACUGACAGAGCAGUGCAACUACUGCUGGAAACCAGUUCAGAGAAUGCACAUUAUUACUGUGAUUCGCUCAAAGCUUGCCUGGUCACAACUGUCACCUCAUCAGGGCCAUCUCAAAGCACCAUUAAACUGGUAGCAACCAACAUGAUAGCCAAUGGAAAGCUUGCAGAGGGGGUGCAGCUGCUGUGUCUGAUUGACAAGGCUGCAGACGCCUGUCGCUACCUGCAGACCUACGGCGAGUGGAACCGUGCAGCGUGGCUGGCCAAGGUGCGGCUGAGCUCGGAGGAGUGCGCGGACGUGCUGCGGCGUUGGGUCGAUCACCUCUGCUCCCCUCAGGUCAACCAGAAAUCCAAGGCCAUUCUGGUCCUCUUGUCUCUUGGCUGCUUCACAAAAGUUGCAGAGAUGUUACACAGUAUGAGGUACUUUGAUAGAGCAGCUUUAUUUGUAGAAGCUUGCCUGAAGUACGGGGCAUUUGAAGUUAAUGAUGAUACAAAUAAAUUGAUCCAUGCUGUGUAUGCAGAUUAUGCCAGGAGCUUGAAGCUGCUGGGCUUUAAGGAGGGAGCUGCUCUCUUUGCCUCAAAAGCAGGAGAAAGUGGGAAGGAGCUUCUGAGUGAACUCAAGCAGUCGAAGGAGGAGGUGACACAGGAGUGAGAAUUCUGUGUUGUGAGGUUGUCUGGCAGACUGGGAUUCCACUGGGUGAAAAUUCACUUUUCUCUUGAAUCACUGUAAUAGCUGAUCUGUGGGAUUUGAGCAAAUACUGUUAAAUGUGUUGGAAGUCAGGAUGAAGAACUGCGGUGUUGCUUUUUAUUAAAUUUGUCUGCACUUUCACAAGAGGGGAAAGAAGCUUAUGAUAAAGUUAUACAAUAAUAUUUCCACUUUUUCAGUUGUAGCAGGAAUCAAAUUUAAAGAUGUGCUGAAAGGCUUCCAUACAUACCUGUGUUAAAGUCUGGUCCAUUUACUUCUAAAAAUCAAAUCUUAACAGACUUCAAUACUGUUGUAUUUAUAUGUAAAAAUGAUUUAGUCUGUACUGUAAAAAUAUAAAUAUAUUUAAAAAUAAAUAGAGAUCACAAAGCACACAGUUCUUUCCUGGAACAUCAUGGUUUUUUCAGUCCAAUUUCUUGUUUAAAAUUACUGUUAUUUUAAAUCAAUUCAAUGUAUUGUCAUUUCCAUAACUGCCUUGGAUGGAAUCUUUAACAGGUUCACUUACAAAUGUUGCUCUCCUAACAUUCCAGAAAUCCAUAAAACAUCCCUUUUUCCAGUCAAAGGAUUGUUAUAUUUCAUUUUAUUUUCAAGUGUGCACUCCCUGCACACCCUGGGGACUGAAUUCUGCCUGUCAAAGGGUAGGAGAAGGUUUUUCCUCCAGAGCAGCAGGGUCAGGACACUGCUGGUGCUGUCCCCAGUCACUGCUGUGUUAUUGAAUGUCUGAUUAACAAAAGGUGAAAAAAGCAUUGUGCAAAGCCAAAACAAUGGCUUUUUCCUGAGAUACUUCUGCUAACAUAUCUGAUGGUCCACAUACACAAGGAUGCCGCUGAAAACCUCUUUUCUGAUUUUUUGCCAGUAUUUCAGUACUUGUUUGUGUUAUUCUUUCUAAUGGCAGAUGUCUCUUUUCUUUGUAUUACUGAUGAGAAAUUUUACAGCUGAGGAGUGGGUGCUGAUGGUACACUGCCCUUGCAAACUGAAGACUGUGGCAUUUAGGCUAAAAGCCUAAAUUCUUCUUUUUCCCAGCUUGUUGGAGCUACUGAAGUUGAGUUUGUUGUCAUAAAAAGAAUCCUAUAAAAUGUCUCUCAUUUGAAUGUAAUUUUUGUGUUGUCUACUUGCAGUAACAGUGCAUUGGAUUCUCCUUUUGUUCAAGGAUUUGUGGAUAUGUGUUCAGAACUCCCAUCAGCUUUGGGACAUCUCCAGCUCCAGAAAACUUUUGUUUCAAGUCUUAAAUAACAUUUCUGAGAAAAUUGGAAAGGGUAGACUGUUCAAGUCUUUUUGAAUACAAACUGAAAAAGGGAGUUUCAUCAUUCUGAGCAGAAAAGUAGGAGUUAUAACUGCAAUGUGUUGUAUUUGUUCUUGCCACAUCUUACAUAAAUUACCUUAAAAUACCUUUUGUUCAGUGUAUUGUGAACUGUGCUUAUGUUGUUGCUUUAGCUUGGGAAAAUGAGUAUACAAGGAAAUUUGCCUUAAGUAUUAUGUGAGCAGCAGAAUUAAUCAAAAUUAACUGUAAUUAGCAGUGGCCUAAAUUCUGGCUCUCGCUGACUGCUACAGCUCUGCUCAAUCUCUUGCUUUUGUAGCAGCCCUUGUAGACAAGACUCCCACAGAGUUGUGAGCACACCCAAACUUUUUCUUUGACAGCCCUUGAAGCUGUUUGUCAGUGGGUCUGAGAUAAAUCUACUUCAGUAUACACUUGGAUUUAUAACUCUGACGGUGUAAAAAAAAUAAAAACAACAACAUAUUGCAAAGGCCUUUAAAUACUGAAUGUUUCUAUAAACUUUUAAGUGUACAGGUUGCAGGAUAAUUUGUAGCAUUCCCAACUGGAAUCUUCAUGAGGAAAAUAGAGUGUAAUAGUGAUUGAAAAGUUUAUUUAGACAAUAUUGCAGUCUCAUUACAAUAAUAAAAAUAUU